UCAUCAUCUAACUAGCAGCAGUACGACGCAUCGAGCAACAAAAGAGAAAGACAACAAAUGGCGGUUCGAGUCAGAAUUCCACACCCUUUUAGAUCAAAAUGAGUCAUGUGCGAUGCCUCGUUAUUGACCCGUACCGCCAAGAAAACUCCCAAUCUCCAAUCUAUCAAAAGUAAGGCCACACAACCAGAGAGAUUCUCAACCAAAUCUGAGCUAAAUUCAUCCUUGAGUGUUGACGCACCAACAAGCAAUAAAUCAACUCCACCGAAGCCUCCUUCUACAACUACAACUCCCCUACCCCUUUCUCCAACCUCAGAUGUCAACACAAGAGCCUCUGUAUCUACAUCUCCUGCAAAGGGUUCCUCCAGUGCUGAAUCGGUCAGAGGUACCGCCAAGCCUCGAAACAAACCUACGACCAAAAGUGUGAACAUGUCAUCCUCUAAGUCAGCCCAUGUUGUUGAUGCACCAUCCAAGACUAGAUCAAGCCAAUCAAAAGUUCCUUCAUCCUCCAGCCCAAGUACACCAGUUCCAUCUUCAUCCUUGGACAUGCACCCCAGAGCGGCGAUAACAAUCCCUCCUUCAAUGGCACCAAGUCACAUGUCUUCAAAAGGUCAGACUAAACCUCCAGGGAAAUCGGCGACCAAAUCUGGGACGGUUUCAUCCCCCGAGUUGCCCGAGUCUGUUGAAGGACCACCAAAAGUUGAAUCAAGCCAACGAGAACUUUCUCUGCAAGUUUUGCCCCUCCCUUCUUCAACAUCGGACCUCGACCCAAGAGGUUUGUUAUCCAUGCCUUCUAGUAAGAAAACGACCACUCCCGAAUCUAUCAAAGUUAAAGCGAGAGUUCUAGAGAGAUCGGGAAGCCAAUCUCGGCUGCCUUCGUCCACUGGUGACAGCGUUCUUCCACAGACAUAUACAGACAGGUCCUGUUCAGUUUUCUCCUCGAACCCCUCCACUAGCCAAAAACAAUCAAGAACUAGAUCAAGCCAACCAGAACUCAAGUCUUCAUCUCCUCCAACUUUGCCUGUUUCUAGUUCAUCUUUGAAAAUUGGAAAAACAGGCUCGCUAUCAACACUUUCCACGAAGAAAACCAUUAUCCCUCUCCCUGUUCAAGGCAAGAUCAAGGUCCAAGAGAGAUCCACAAGCAAGGCAAGGCAGGCACAGAACUUGCCUACCCUACCAAUUUCUUUCUCUAAACCAACCGUCUCAUCAGCUCCUACUUCCAUCAGGACUAAACCUAGUUCUGAGGUUACAAACGAUAAGCUGAACACACCAAAGAGUUACUCCGGCCAGAGUAGGACGGGUUCCAUCGUUAAACGUCCAACAAGAAGAGAAGCAAAACUCCGAUCCAAUUCGACCCAACUAGAACUUCCUUCUAUCAUAAUUGAGCAAAGAUCAUCUGACGAAUCUUCAACCGAAAUGAGUACAACAUCUAGUUCUAUAACAAGUCAACAGGAACCUUCGCUGCUCUCUUUUCCAGGCUCGGAUCCAGUUAUAAGAAUCUCAAAAUCAACUCCUCCAACGAACAAAAGUUGGAGCAACGUAGCCCCACAAGAAAAGACUGAGGUUACAAAGAGUUAUGAAAGCAAGUCCGGGGCGUCUACAACCUUUUUAACAUCCCCAGUUUCUACAGCACCAUUCAGAAAAGGACCGAGCCAACCAGUAUUUCCUCCUCUACCUCCACUUCUCAUGUUCCAAAUCAUAUCUAAGCCCACUCCACAGCCGCUCCUGGUCCAUUCUCUCUCUCCAAACCUGCUCAUUGUAUGUAAUGCAGUACAGGUAUCCUUUGCUGGAGACUAGUUUCCCAUAUCUCCAAAACCUCACUCCUCUGGGAACUUCACCCCCUUUCUUCCAGGAGUUAGUGACUGAGUCAUAGAUCAGCGUUGUU